UCGCAGGCCGCGCGGGUCUCACGCGGCGGGGCGGCUGCCGGCGCGGCGGUGGCGCUGGGCGGUUGCCGAGCAGUGCGGGAGGGGGCGGCACCCAAGGGACGGGGGCGGGGCCGUGCCGCGAGUACCCGCCGCCGCGCCCGAUCCGGGUCCUAGGUGGAGCGUGUCGAGUUGAGGCACCUCCUGCUCGUGCCCGCGUCCCUACCCCCGCCGUGCGCGGCUCGGGCUGAGGACGCCGGCGGUCGCGGCGACCCGGGCGAGACCAGGCCCGCCUGAAGCCGGCGCGAGGACCUGGCGCGCGGCCUCGAGAGGGUGGCCGCCGAGGUGCGCGCUGGGGGCGGGAGCGGGAUCGCGGCGGCGGCGGCGAAGGCGGCCGGGCGGCCGGGCAGGGGGCGGGGCCACAGCGCUUGCAGAACCUUGGACAGAAGCUCCCCAGCCGUCGCCGCCGCCGCAGCCCAGCGCGAGCCCCGCCGAGCGCCGCCGUGCGCCGGGACCGCGGCGGCCGAGCCGCGGCGCGCAUUGCGGAGGGCGCGGGCUCAGGAUCUGCCGCUUGCCGGAUCCGAAGGGGCAGCCCGCUUUCCCGGGAGCGCCCCGCCUCCUCCCCGGGGCCGCUGCGGGCUCAGUGAGCCGCUUCCACCCUCCCGCGCGCAGGCUGGGCGCGCAGGGGCGCGGGGCUCCGCCCGGCGCGCAACGGCACCAUGGGCACGGUGCUGUCCCUGUCCCCCAGCUACCGGAAGGCCACGUUGUUUGAGGAUGGCGCGGCCACGGUGGGCCACUACACGGCGGUGCAAAACAGCAAGAACGCCAAGGACAAAAACCUGAAGCGGCACUCCAUCAUCUCCGUGCUGCCUUGGAAGAGGAUCGUGGCCGUGUCGGCCAAGAAGAAGAACUCCAAGAAGGUGCAACCCAACAGCAGUUACCAGAACAACAUCACGCACCUCAACAAUGAGAACCUGAAGAAGUCGCUGUCGUGUGCCAACCUGUCCACGUUCGCCCAGCCCCCACCGGCCCAGCCGCCUGCACCCCCUGCCAGCCAGCUCUCAGGCUCCCAGACCGGGGUCUCCUCCUCCGUCAAGAAGGCUCCGCAUCCUGCCGUCACCUCCGCAGGGACGCCCAAACGGGUCAUCGUCCAGGCGUCCACCAGCGAGCUGCUGCGCUGCUUGGGUGAGUUUCUCUGCCGCCGGUGCUACCGCCUGAAGCACCUGUCCCCCACGGACCCCGUGCUCUGGCUGCGCAGCGUGGACCGCUCGCUGCUUCUGCAGGGCUGGCAGGACCAGGGCUUCAUCACGCCGGCCAACGUGGUCUUCCUCUACAUGCUCUGCAGGGAUGUUAUCUCCUCCGAGGUGGGCUCGGACCACGAGCUCCAGGCCGUCCUGCUGACCUGCCUGUACCUCUCCUACUCCUACAUGGGCAACGAGAUCUCCUACCCCCUCAAGCCCUUCUUGGUGGAGAGCUGCAAGGAGGCCUUUUGGGACCGCUGCCUCUCAGUCAUCAACCUCAUGAGCUCCAAGAUGCUGCAGAUCAAUGCUGACCCGCACUACUUCACCCAGGUGUUCUCCGACCUGAAGAAUGAGAGUGGCCAGGAGGACAAGAAGCGGCUCCUCCUGGGGCUCGAUCGGUGAGCCUGGAAGCCUACCGUGGCUCAAGGAUUCAAUUAAUUUUUAAAAAUUUAUUAUUAAAUCAGAGUUUUGUGUACAGUAUGUGUCUAGCAAAGCCACCAAGGGUCUCCUCCAUCCAACUUCCUCUCUUUGGAUUUUUUUUUUUUCGUCCCUGACAAGAGCUCUGGGUACUCUUGGACUCAUAAACAUUGUGUAAAACUCAGAAGAUGGAUUCAGAGCCACUCAGGCCACUGAUCUCUUCCUUUGGGGAACUCAGAGGACUGACCCGUGUCUGCCGCCUGUCCUUGCUGGAUCCAGGGUGGGCGAGGAUGCUUGCUGCUCUGAGGGGCUCGGGCCAGGUGGCCCAGGGAGGAGUGGGGUUUUUUGUUGGAGGCUCUCUCCUGGCUCCCGUUUUGGGUUGUUCAUUCUCCCAGAGGCUCCUGGAGCUGGCUGGCCUGAUAGGGCCACAGUGGGAUUGUGAGGCAGGGUCUCUGCCGCCCAGGGACAGCGUCUUCCACCGAGGAGAAGGCCAGUGGAGUGCAAAGAUUGUGUCUAGUGUCUGACCAUGCACAACUCUGGUUUGCUCUUUUUUCUUUUUUAGGGAGAAGGGCUUUCCUUUAGUGGAGAAAUGGAAGCUGCCCCUCUGCCAUACUUGUCCACUGCUCCCAGUGCUGUUGGUAGCGUUGGCCAAUGAGCUGGUUUGACUCAUUAAGUUUUCUCACAUGGGUCCCAGCUAAAGGGGUGGGGUGAAACUGGAGACAGCUCCUUUCCUGGGUGAAUUAUUCUUGGAAUAAUGCAGCUUAGUCACUCUGUGGCAAAUGCCAGGACAGCUGCAGGUGCCCAUUAGCAAUAGCCUGUCUUCUGGGCAGGUGGGGGUGCCAUGCCUGAGACCCAGCCAGUGCCCACCUAAGGGCUGAGGCCGCUUGUGGUGCACGUGGCAUUAGCCCUGCAGAGCUGGGGGGGAGGGGGCGAUGAUGUGCCGAUGACAUACCCCUACCCCACCCCUGUUCAUUUAAAGCUGUUUCCAGACAGUUCGGUUUCUUCUGAAGAUGAAGCCUUGCCCCACCGGGCCCAGUGAGACAGCUGGAUCUUGGAGACAGUUACAAGACGGGAGUGUGACUCCUGAUUGCUUUUGAAGCCUGCCGAUUCUACAGCUGGUCAUUUGCAGCUGCUUGAUUUGGUUUCCGCCUUACCCUAGUGGCUGACAAAACACGUGAUGAGUUACUUGAUAGAUUUUCUUUCUAAUUCUCCCACAUUGGGUUGGCCUGGGACUUGGGGGAGGCCUGAGAGAAGGGACCAAGUCUUCCUCCAUGGCCUGUCACUCUGGCUUUGGGGAACAAAAGACCAGGUGAAGAUGCUACAGAGAAUUCUCUUCCAGUCCCAGUCCCCGGGGUGGGGUGGGGGUGGGGGGUGUCGUUUUACAUAAGAUUAGGUACUAGGCGGCUGCCCAUUUCAACACAAGCACUACUGAAAUUCAUGUAAAAAAGGAAGAGAAAGCUGUGAAAUUGAAGCCCCGGCUUAAAGAAAUCUGGAGCAGAACCGGAGCCUGUGGGCCCGCGGUGUUCCCAGACAGGGGAAGAGGGCCUUCCCUGGCCGGAGAGCAUCUGCCCCAGCUUGGCCGCAAGGCCUCUGCUGAGCCAUUCCCGGGACUGUAAAAUAAUCUGGAAGGAAUCUGCGGCUGCUGCACAGAUUUCACUGCAGAGACUGUUCUCUGCUUGAGUUUUCACACCAUCUGUCUUUCAGAUCCUGCUGCCACGUGACCGAGGUGGGAGGCCCGUGGGGGCAGGUGGCCCCUGGGAGACAUGGAAAAGGGAGGUGGCGGGGGGCCGUGCUUGUGGUCACACCCUCAGCUGGCUGACCCCGGCCUGAAACUGUGUGGUUAAGUUGCAUCCGCAGGAUUCCACUUUCUGUCUACUUCCUUCUCUUUCUCUGUAUUUAUUUUUUUAUUCUUUGGAGGAGGUGCAAAUUUCAGGAGUGGUUGGGGAUUAAAGAAAACUCCCUAGUUCCAGCAAUGUGAAGCUUGUCGUGUUCUCCUCUCUUCCCUUGCACUGGUCAUCAGUAUUGUGUAAAGGAACAACUGAUAUACUUGAGUGUGCAAGCAAUGAACCCAUUCGACAUGCUGCUAUGAAGACUACUUUUAGAACAACAAUAAAAAAAAGAAAAAAACUAACCUAUAAAAAUACCUUCUUUAUUCUUUAAUUGUUGCUUUUACAGUGAUAUUGUGCAUGCAAACCAGGAGCAUUUUGUGUCUUAAGAAAAAUAAUCUUAGAACAGAUGGCUGUGAAAAUUACACCCAUGCACAGAACAAGUCACAGGAAUAAUAGUUCUGGAUUUGGUUUUUCCUCUUUUUCUUGUAAACCUGAAGGGUUGAUAUAUUCUUUCCAUGCAGAUAUUAGAAUUUAGUUUUGUUCCAACAGUUGUUAAACUUGCAAUGAAAAGAAAAUGUGCCAUUUUUUUCACUUGGAAUUAUUCAUAGCUGUAUAUUUGAAACUGCUAAUUACACAUGUGCGACAUAUGUUGUUUUUUAGUGCAAUUUCUUCUGUAGCUCUUCUUUGACCAAACUGUGGGUAUUGUUAAUUUAUAUUUGUCUCAUUUUGUAUGUAUGUGUAGUGUGUUUGUAAGUAUGUGUGGUUUAUAAUCUGACAAAGUCAUGGAACUCAGUUUGGCUGUAAUUUAAUUCCCCUUCCCUUAUUUUUAUUUAUUUUUGUACUGUGCUGAUUAAAUAAAAUGCACUGACCAUCCAUUACA